AUGUCAUCAAAUGCCAGUCGUGGAUUAUCGCAUGGAGGUGUUCUCCAUGAAUAUGCUCCUAGGCUUGUCGCCUUUGAAUUCACCCCGCCAGCAGAGGGAAUCAACAAAAUCAGCAGUUUGAUUUUCGUCGGGGGACUGACAGAUGGAUUCUGCACAGUCCCUUAUGUCUCAAAGCUAGCCCAAGCUCUAGAGAACACAGAGUGGUCAGUCUUUUCCGUCCUGCUCUCCUCGUCCUACGGCGGGUGGGGCGUCGGAAGCCUCGAUCGCGAUGUAGAAGAGCUUGGCCAGUGUGUACGAUUCAUCCGUGAUCUCAAGGCCUCACGCCAGCCUGGCGCACCAACCAAAGGCGGAAAGAUCGCCAUCAUGGGCCAUUCAACUGGCAGCCAGGACGUGCUUCAUUACCUUUACUCGCCGAAUCCCGUGCCGGAGAAGAAGUUCGAUCUUGGCCUGCAACAUAUAGUCCGCCCGGAGCUUGAUGGUGCUAUUCUGCAAGCACCUGCUUCGGACAGAGAAGGAUUACAGGCCAUCAUCGACUCUUCUGACCAGCCCGACGAGAUCAGAAAGGUCUACAAUGAGCUUGUGGACUUUUCCAAGAAGCAACCACACACGGGAGAUAAUAACGACACUAUCCUUCCCAUGAAUUUGACUGCCAAGCUAUCUUACCCCCCCUGA